ACACCGUUCCCUCCAAGCAGAAAUGUCAAAAUGGCGUCAACGCAGGACGCUUGGUAUAUUUCUUUACUGGGUUUAGCGGAACAUUUCCGUACAUCUAAUCCUCCUGACAUAAAAAGUUGCAUUCAGUGUCUACAAGCAGUAUUUAAUUUCAAACCUCCGCAAAGAGUCGAGGCCCGUACCCACUUACAACUCGGUAAUAUCCUUUUGACACACACUAAAAACAUCGACUUGGCGAGAAACCACUUGGAACAGAGCUGGUGCCUGUCGCAGACGAUCAAUGGGUUCGAUGAUGUUAAGUUCGAGGCGGCGAGUGUCCUGGCAGAGCUGUUCGAGCAGCAGGGCCAGCCGACACACUCCAAACCCAUACUCAGAAAGGCGAUUGAGUUAUCACAACACAGCGUUUAUUGGCACUGUAGAUUAAUAUUCCAAUUGGCACAAAUUCAUGCAACGGAAAGAGAAUAUGAGGUAGCCAGCAGCCUACUUGGUGUAGGUGUUGACUACGCACAGAUAUCCAAUGCAGCUUACACGAGGGUGUUGUUUUUACUAAGUAGGGUAAUGUUACUAUUAAUUGAUAAGAAAAUUCAGGAAGUGUUACCAUUAUUGAACCAAGCCGGCCAUUUGGUUGACACAUGGACGGGUAGUCCACAUCAAAAAGAAUACUUGAAAGUUUUCUUUCUAGUACUACAGGUAUGUCAUUAUCUGAUGGCUGGUCAAGUGAAGAGUGUGAAGCCGUGUCUCAAGCAACUGCAGCAAAGCAUCCAGACUAUCAUGGCGCCAACGUGGCCAGAUGACGACACGGUAUGCGGCAGUGCUGCUGGGGAGUCGUUUGUGUGGCUGUCACGGCAGCAGCUGUACGUGCUGGUAUACCUCGUCACCGUAAUGCACUCAGCGCAAGCUGGCUACAUGGACAAGGCACACAAGUAUACAGAGAAGGCUCUGGCGCAGAUAGACAAACUCACGUCGAGCGACGAGGGUGAAAGCACCGGCGUGGCGGCACGGAGCGGGGCGGCGCUAGCGUGGCGGCUGCGGAUGGCGCUGGUGGAGCACGCGGCGCUCUGCCGCCUCGUCGCCGGCGGGAAGGCCCACGCGCUUCACGAGAUCGCGCGCGCCGCGCACCUGCUGACUAUCGCGCCCGAUGGUGUGACGGCGGCGGCGCAUACACCGCAGCUGCACUGUCUGCUGGGUCUAUACGCCAUGUCCAUGAACUGCAUGGAGGCAGCAGAGGCGCAGUUCCACACCGCGAUACACAUGUCACAAGAGAGGGAUCUAUGGAUGUUCGCUAAGCUGAAUCUGGCUAUUGUAUAUUUAAGAGAAAGACGAGACAAUGAUCUAGCACAGUUAAUGGAACAGGUCCGACCGGAAGCGCUACCACCGUACGCGCACGGCCUGCGAGCGGCGUCGUAUUACGUGCUGGGGCUGCAGGCGUUCUUUCAGGCCAGAUAUAAUGAAGCCAAACGAUACCUCCGAGAAACUCUCAAAAUGGCGAACGCUGAAGAUCUAAACCGGCUAACGUCGUGUUCGCUAGUGCUACUCGGCCACAUAUUCUUGUCCAUCAACAACUCGCGCGAGAGCAUGAACAUGGUGACGCCGGCCAUGCAGCUCGCUAGUAAAAUACCCGACGUGCACGUACAGCUGUGGGCGUCCGCCAUCUUGAAAGACCUAUACCGGCUCGCGGGGGACACGGAGCGCGAGAACGAGGCGUACCAGAUGCACUGCAACUUCUCGCAGGCGCUCCUCAAGGACCACUUCCAGGCGACGCAGCUGCCGCAGCACGCGCUUAUCACGUGGACCACCGGCCCGCCCCCCGCGCUGCCGCCGCCGCCCCCCUCGCACACCUCAUAGGAGGAAAUAAAGGUGCCUAGUGGCACUCCUGUAUAGUCCUUGAUACCUUAGGUGUCAAUCAAGGUUCGCGGGGCUAAGGAUACCUCCUAGUGGUACUCUUAUAUACCUGUAAGAACACUUAAGUCACUCAAGGUUCAACGGUGCAUAGCGGUACUCCUGUAUAGUCCUUGUGACAGAG